AGAACCUUGGCCAAACAUUUUGCUUCUAGCCUCCACUUUUGGCAUAAUCAAUUAAUAAAAGAUGCCGAAAUAAAUAAAAAAUUUAUGAGUAUGUAUAUUAAAUUAAGAACUUCGAAAGGCUUGGAAGCCAAUGCAAUAUUUGCCGAAAUAUGCAAAAUGCUCAUCGAAAUGUUUGAAGACACAUCAAAACUGGCAAUUGUCGGUUUUCCAGACUUAAUAAAAUUCCUGACCAUGGAUUCCGACGACGAAUAUUUCGUAUCCGAUGAUGUUCUUUACACAAGUAAUAACGCAUAUGUGAUGAGAAAAGGAUUCCCGCAUAAAAAUAAAAUCGACAAAUUACUCAGCAGAUUGUUCGAAAGUGGAAUCGUUAUUACAUUCUCUGGCGGUACUUUUGUCGAAUCAAAACUAAAAUCGUCGAAUGAUUGGAGACCUUUGUCUCUUGAAGACUUGUUUGGUCCAUUUGUUGCGCUUAUCGUAGGUUACGCCUUAUCAUUUUCUUGUUUCCUUGCCGAAUUCCUCGUCGGAAUGACUCUCAAUCGGAUUGCUCCUUUCAAGUAGUAAAUUAAUAAAAUUAUCGAACUUUUCGUUAGCACAGCUAAGUGGAAAGAUCGGAGGUGUAGGGGAGACC